CUCUGCUGGUUUCCCUUCUGGCAAGAAACCACUAGAAAUCUCCGGCGAUACAAACAUUGCCCUUGCGACGGCGCACAGAGAGAGAGUGAGAUUCAAGAGAUUGCCUGAAAAUGGACGUGAUCAAGACACAGCAAAUCGCGGCGCGAUCGAUCGAGAAGGUGAUAGUGCACCCUCUGGUGCUUCUGAGCAUCGUUGAUCACUACAACAGAGUCGCGCGCGACACCAAGAAGCGCGUCGUCGGCGUCUUGCUCGGAGCUUCGUCCCGUGGCACCGUCGAUGUCACCAACAGUUACGCAGUGCCUUUUGAAGAAGAUGACAAAGAUACAAGCAUCUGGUUUCUUGAUCACAAUUACCACGAAUCUAUGUUUUCGAUGUACAGGAGAAUAAACGCAAAGGAGCAUGUUGUAGGAUGGUACAGUACUGGCCCAAAGCUACGGGAAAAUGACCUCAAUGUUCAUGCACUAUUCCAUGACUAUGUUCCCAAUCCUGUAUUAGUCAUAAUUGAUGUGCAGCCUACCGAGAUGGGAAUCCCAACUAAAGCAUAUUAUGCUGUUGAGGAAGUUAAAGAGAAAGCUACUCAGAAAAGCCAGAAGGUGUUUGUGCAUGUGCCUUCAGAAAUUGCUGCUCAUGAAGUUGAGGAAAUUGGGGUUGAGCAUUUGCUGAGGGACGUGAAGGAUACAACAAUUAGCACCCUUGCGACAGAGGUGACAGGGAAACUUGCUGCCUUGAAGGGGUUGGAUGCCCGACUUCAAGAGAUACGUAGUUAUCUUGACCUCGUUAUUGAUGGGAAGCUUCCACUGAAUCACGAGAUCUUGUGCCAUUUACAGGAUGUCUUUAACCUACUUCCUAAUCUCAAUGUUAAUGAACUUAUUAAGGCUUUUGCAGUGAAAACUAAUGAUAUGAUGUUGGUCAUUUAUCUGUCCUCUCUGAUCCGGAGCGUAAUUGCUCUCCAUAACUUGAUCAACAAUAAGAUGCUGAAUAAGGAGCAUGAAAAAGCAGAAGAUUCAAAGCAGGUAGCUGUGCCUGCCGCAGCUGGAAGCUAAGCAGUAAGCAGGAGAAUUUCAUCUUUGGUGGUGUUCCAGCUAAAUCUGCUUCUUGGUAGAUUCUAUCCCAGUUCCCAUGUUGAAUUUGCCAAUUGUUGUUCACUUAAGAACUCAUUUUAUUUGGCUGAGUCUCUAAGAAAACCCAAUUUAUCCAUUAAAUUGUAAAAAGGAAAGGGCAGAAUAUCUCGUGCACCCCUAGGGUUUGGUAUAAAUGCAAAGAGUGUCCCAUCACAUUUCAGAAAUUACACUGGCUACUUUCAUUGUUGGAACGUAGCAUUACACCCUUUCCUUAGAUUUACAUUGCAAGGGGUACUUUUGACA